AUGGAUUUACGGUGUUCGAGUCUCGAUUGGAAGAAGUUGUUCGUGGGUUCAAAGGAGCAAUCCCUUGAUUUUUUCCCUCCCGAGUCUAGAGAUGGGGUGACCACUGUUAUUCCUCCGCCUGAGGUGAUCGAUGAAGGCAUUGCGGAUUGGAAUCACGCUUUGGUAGGUCAAUUUAUUGGCCCUGCUCCAAGUUAUGGCUCUAUGCAACGAAUCAUUGAAUCAAUUUGGGGGAAUUCUUCACAAGUCAAGGAAUGGGUGCUGGAUAAUAGACCUUGGCAUGUCCAUAACAAACCAUUAGUUUUGCGUAAAUGGGUUCCUGGAUUGCAGAAGCUAAGUUUCGAUCUGUCUUGUAUGCCAGUCUGGGUGCAGCUUCAUAAUGUUCUCCUAGAGCUUUUUUCUCAAAAGGGGUUAAGCUAUAUAGCUAGUGCAAUAGGUAGGCCUUUGUACAUGGACACCAUAACGGCCUCCAGACAGAAGCUUGAAUUCGCUAAGGCCUGCGUGGAAAUAGAAGUUGGAGGCAUUAUUCCUGACUCUAUUUCUGUUAUUUUAAAUGAUGGGUCACCAGUGAUCAUCAGGGUGUUUGUGCCCUGGCUUCCUCAGGGUUGUACUGUUUGCAAAACUUUUGGUCAUCAUGCUAACUCAUGUACUGAGGCUCAACUGUCUACUCAAAAGCCUAAGGAGAUCCAAGUUUGGAGGAAAAAUGAGUUGGCUUCUUUGGUUACUGGUACUAAGAAAAUUCAAGCAAGUGCCAAUGUUUCUAAUGCUGAACUUAAAAUUGCUAAUAAGAAGGUGCAUUUUAGUUCUGAUACUCAUUCUGCCAAUGGUCAGUCAAUUGAAUUGGCACAAUAUGUGGAUUUUCAGGUCGGUACUGCUAUGGAGGCUUCAGUUAAAGACUUGCAGGAGGGCAGUGAGGUAAUUGUGGAGACUUCGGAUAAUGCCUUGCAAGAGGGUAGUGGGGCAAUUGUGGGAAUGCCACCUGACAAUCCUGCUCAAUUCCUGCAGAAUGAAUCUAUUCCUCAGAAUGAAUCUGUUUCUUGCCUGACUGAGAUUAGCUCUAGAAUUAAUCCCUCGCAUGAUGCUCUUCCUGGUGAUUUUCCUUCUCUUCAGGAUUCUUUGAAGAAGAAAACAAAAGGGAGAAAGAAGGAAACUGUGGAUUCCUUUAGUAAACUGUAG